GCGAUAGGCAGCUAUUGAGCUCUCUCAUCAAAGAACGGUGCCACUAUGAAUCUCAAAACUUUUCUAGUCGGCUCCUUGAGCCUCUUCGGUCAUUCGGAGGGAGCAGCGUCCCCCCCGACAUUGAACCUUCCCUGGGGAUCAUACCAGGCUAAACCUCUUGCAUGGGAUAAACAGAUUUACCUGUUUGAGAACGUCCGCUUUGGGUCCAAACCAGUACGUUUCGGUGCAUCUAGUUUCCCAUCAGGACCCGGUGAAAGCGUUCCCGACAACACGGACUGUCUCCAAGUUAACCCCCAAGUACUGAGCAACGCCCCUGGCGGUAAAACUCCCCUCGGCGAUCCUAAUCGGGAUUUUGGCCCCGAUAAUUUCGAGGCAGCUAAGGCGCCUGAUUGGAAUGGAAAUGAAGACUGUCUCUUCCUUGAUGUCUAUGUGCCGCGUUCAGUCUUCGACAACCCCGGUUCCAAGCCACUUCCCGUUACGGUCUGGUUCUAUGGAGGGGCAUAUGCAUUCGGUACCAAGAGGAUGAAGAAGUUGGGUCUCAACAAUGGCCCCCUCUACAGCGGAAAGACCCUGAUCGAAGCCACCGACUACAAAACCAUCUUUGUAGCCGGAAACUAUCGUCUGGGAGCCUUUGGGUGGUUAGCUGGCUCAUACAUGCAGAAGUACGGCCUGCCUAAUGCCGGUCUCUACGACCAGAAUCUUCUCCUCCAAUGGGUUCAGAAGUACAUCAGCCAGGUCCAUGGCGACAAUACCGCUGUCAGCGCAUGGGGAGAGUCAGCAGGUGGCGGUUCCAUUCUCCACCAUCUCAUACGAGGCAAUGGUAAGAAUGAUCCUUUGUUCACCCGGUUCGUCACACAAAGUCCUGCCUUUGAAUGGGCGUGGGAUAAUUCCAAGGACGGUCAGUUGGACCAGGUUUACCAGAACUUCUCAAAGUCACUGGGAUGCAAUGACCUGAACGAUAUUAGCUGUAUCAGAGAUCCAUCGAUCCCGCUGGAUAAGUUGGGCAUGGCGAAUGUCAAGCUUUUUGAGACCGUCAAGCAGACUGGACUUUUCCCCAUUGGACCAUCGGUGGACGGUGCAUGGAUCAAGACGAUACCUACUCUAGCGUUCGCUAAAGGGAAUUUCUGGCCUGGGAUCAAAUCCACCAUUGUCUCUCACUGUGCAAACGACGCUGAGCGCUUUACCCCAUCCAGUGUUGUCGAUAAUGCCACUUUCUACGGAUUCUUGGAGAAGUUCCUCCCAGGCCAGAACUUAGGCUCUGUGAGAGCGAAAAUUGCCACGCAGUAUAACUGCACCACGGACUUCAAAGGAAACUACAGUCUUUGUCUGCGCAAUGUCAUUCGGGACGCAUCCUUCACUUGCAAUACAAGAGAUCUUCUCGACGCGUAUCCGAAGCAGGCAUACGCGAUGAACUACGGCUUUCCGACUGAUAGCUUGGCAUAUCAUGCGUCUGAUCUUAUCCCGCUGUUCGCCAAUGCAGGUAUCGUCGGACAGAUUGCGAUAAUGAUCAAGGCAAUCCUCAAAUGUUCUCUCUGGGAUGCAAACAUAUGGGCAGGUAAGCUGCGCGAUACAAUUAGGGACAGAUAUCUGGGAUACUUUGCGUCGUUCGCGCUUUAUGGAAACACUGAUAGUGACGGGAAAGGGGACACUGGAUGGCCGGUCGUUGAUGGGUCUGGAAAACUCUUUUCGAAAGUUAUGAAGCCUUCGCAAGAUGGAUGGAACCUAGUGCAGGAUGAGCAGAACUCUGAAGACGCUUGCGCCUUUUGGCGUACUAUAGCGCAGGAUCUCGUGCCUAAAUCGGGUAAUUCGGAAUGGAACCUGGAGGAGGUGGAUGUGGAUUCGGACGUGCAAGAGGAACUUUAGAUUGACGGCCCAGUCCAACUUGGUGCACCUGGUCUGGUGGCAUGUUGAGGACCUCGUCGGGGUGGUACCAAGCGAUAUCAACAGAUUUAACUAGCCCUGUCGGAGCACUUGGACUUCAUAGGAACUUCUAAUAAGGCUACAGUGUUCCUCACAGGACUGGCUGUCGCUUGUUUAGGCCUAGUGACUGGUACUCUAGCUUUUACCAGUUGAGCAGUUAGAUAUUUCAUUCGUGCACGUAUUUAGAGCAAUUGAUUUGGGUCUCUUCAUUAAUACCAAUUGCGUCUACUCGUGUAUUCUCC